GGGGUAAAAAGAGGGAGGGGGAGGGAGAGUGAGCAAGAGAAAGAGGACGACAUUACUGAUGCCGCUUCUACCGCUAACAACACGGGCGGAAAUUCAGCUAUACUCAAAUAAUCAUAUUUUAACUACAUGUUUUAAGUAGUUAAUAGCGACAUUUUGGAAGAGCGCGAGAGGCUUGCGGGAUAUUAUUGUUUUCCUCCAGGAUUGGCUGCAUUUCAGAGGAAAAGAGAGGGGGCAUUCUGAUCCGAUUCUGCCUGUCCUACAUUUUUCUAUUUAUUUAUUUAAUUAAUUUAUGUACAGUAGAAUAGCGACGACUAUUUCUGUUCCUCGUGUUUUAAUGUUCUCUGAAGAGGCUGUUUUCCAUACAUCAUCAAAUGUAACAAAAGGAUAUUUUUCAGAAAUUACGGAAUGAGGAGUGGGACCAAGGCUCAGAGAGAGAGACGCAUCCGCCAGAAGUGAGUGCGAAGCGGACAUUGUUAUCGCUGAGGAAAGGGAAAUGGCUUUGCAAUGAUUUCUUGCUUUUCUUAUACCAACACAUUUUUAUUUAAUUAGACUGUGCGGAUGCAUAGGCUACUCGACCUCGUAGCGCAUCUCUGCCACAGAGGGGCAUCCUGUUCUUAGGCACAUUUUUCACCCGUGAAUACACCAUCACUCGAAAAGGAACGAACACAUGCCUCGGAUUUACUUCGCGUCACCCUUCACGAUAACAAGACAUAGAUGUCACAUCAUCAUCACCACUGUGUCCAAGGUUUGUUAAGAUAGACAAACAAACGCGUAGGAAAGUAUCAACUGUCGCUUGAUAAACCAACAUAUAGCCUAACAGUUCCGCCCCUACCCGUACCGGAGAGAGAAGUCAGUAGGCUAGAGUUUGUAUAGCCUACUUUGCUACAGGCCUUGGGGAACGACUGGGCAGCGAGGGAGAUGCUCAGAGAGAAGAUUUAAAAUAUACACUUUGGAACAGUGUGGGGCAUGUGAGUUGGAAUAGGAAUUGUUUAAGAUAUCACUUGCAUGUCAGAUGAGAUAGCACCGCUGAGUGAGUUUUCACUGGGUGAAAUUAAACACCGAAGAACAAACAUAGAUAACCUAAUGUAUUUUAAAUUAUUGAAAUUAUCAUAUUCCGUGCGGGCUUAGCGUAUGCUUGCAACUUUUCUUUUUUUUCCAAAGGGAAAGAUUUAGACACAAGAUUAACAAAUCGUAAUUUUUGGCUCUAUACACAUCUAUGGCAUACGAAAAACAAAAAUAGAAAAAAAACGUAGGCCUGUCUUCUGCCGCACAGCUGGUAACUCGCAUAGCCAUUUAAGUGUGCUGCUGAACAGUUGAUAGCAGUCCCUAAGUAGUACUCAUAGGGGCCUCCUGAUUAAUAAAUAACCCACCAUAACGAAAUGGGAAGUGACAGUGAGAUUUACAACCAGGAGCUGUCUAAGAUGUCCGAUGAGGACUUGCUUGCAUGCACCAAGGAGGAGCUGGUGGGUCGACUUCGUAAAGAGGAGUCCGACAAGAUAUCGGCCCUAAUUCAGCGAGGCCGUCUAAUCAAAGAGGUCAACAAACAAUUACAGGGACAUCUGCUUGAAAUCCGGGAGCUGAAAGUCAUUAAUCAGCGACUUCAGGAAGAAAACCAAGAACUGCGCGACUUGUGUUGUUUUCUGGACGACGACCGACUCAAAGUUAAAAAGUUGGCUCGGGAAUGGCAGCUCUUCGGCCACCACGCUGCCAAAGUGAUGCGCGAAGACCUGGGUGGUUACCUGAAGAAGUUGGCUGACUUGGAGAGGCUGCAGGACGGGUUGGUGAAGGAGAAUUUGGACCUGAAGGAGCUUUGCUUGGUGCUAGAAGAGGAAUGCGUAAGCAGAAGCGACUCCAGCCCCGGCGGAUCGACGGAGCUGAGCUUGCCGUGCAUGGUGGUUCGCGACUUGGGCGAUGGCAGUUCUAGCACUGGGAGUGUCGGUAGUCCGGACCAACUCCACCUGGUUUGCUCGCCUGAUGAUUGAAGCGCGGCAGCAUUGCCGUCCCAUACUCCGGGUCAAUAAGAGAAGCAGCAACUGAGAAAGAUGGUUUAAUACCAACAUUCUCAGACGGAAAAUCGUUUACAAUGAUGAUAACUUGAGAACACGACUUGGAAUGAAUGUCCCGUAAACUAUGGGAAGUGGGACAUGUGUUUUGUUAGCACGUCUGGACUUAUGCAAAAGAAUUAAAGCCGAAAUGUUUGCAAUUAUAAGCCAUUACUGUCUUCUCAGACAUGAGCCUAUAUAGUACCAAGUGAAUGGAUUGUGAUAUGACUGGGGAAGCAGAUACAAAUAAUGGGGUUUUAGGGGUUGGUUAAGCCCUCCAUUUUAAGAAAAUUAUAAUGUGAAUGAUGAAUUAUGACUUAUUUUAUUUAAAAAAAAAUUUUUUAUUUGUCUAUUUGUUUUUUUUUGUUGUUGUUUUUUGGGGGGUGGGGGGAUGGGUAACCUUUGAAAUCGGCUUGCAUAAGGAAGUGUGCAAAAAUUGGGGGGGGUGUGUGUGUUUGUGUGUAUUGGGGAGGAGGGGGGGGGGGGGGGGUUCAAACUGAUAUGUGAGUACAAAAAUAACUAAUAACCCAAAUGAAAUUGAACUGGAAUAGGUUUGUGCACUGGACUGACUACUUCACUUUAUGCUGACAUGUAGUCGACCAGGCUAAACUGAGUUCAGCUGAAUCAGUUCUUUUGAAGCCUGUCAGAAUCGUGGCGGCCCAAAGGGCCUGACCAUGUAUGAGCACGGACAUUAUAUGGCUUUGGUGCGUGCCCUGGAAAGUCAUGACAUCUCACACAAAGAUGGUGAAAAAUAAUAUUUUCUCUGUGAAUGACUCAUUAAGUCUAAUUAAGAGAGUGGAAUGUUAAGUUGUUUCAGAUCUGCUCUCUUUUGGUUGGUAAUGGAAUAGUUCCUAUGAUGUCCAAAAUGGUUUUGCUAAAAAGAAAAUGUUUUACUGAAACAACAUUGAAUUAUUCUUUGAAUUUAUAGACUGAUCUAGAAUGUACCAUAGUAAACCAGACUGCACCAUAGUAGACUGUCUUUUGCACUCGACUGGGUGACAUGUAACAGUGACACACUGGUCUGUGUUGUACUGUGUAUAAUCACAUUGCACUAAAUUGGACAGUUCAAAGACCUGCACACCUUGACCCUACUGAAUUAUCAUAUACUGUGCUGUAUGCAGAUCUAUACUGCACAUAACUGCACUAUAUCAAGCUUUGUUGUCCUCAACUGGAAUUGAAAGACUGGUUUGUAUAGUACACUGGAUUUAUUUACUCGGGCCCAUCCAUGGUGUUUAAUUUAAUGAGAGCUCAUUUGGUAUUACAAAGAAAUGUUUUAAGUACAGUAUUUACAUGUUACUAUUAUUAUAAUUAUAUUAUUAAUGAUAUUAACUUCAUUGUAGUUAUUUCUAUAUCACCAUUUUACUCAUUUGCCAUUUAAAAUAUAAUGCUUUUGCUUUGUGUUUAUUUUGUUUGACUGUUGGCUUAUUAUUAUUAUCAUCAUCAUCACCAUCAUCAGUAUUGCUUUAAAUGAUUAUGAUUUGUGUUUUCAAUAUAUGAAUUGUGCUCCCUGAUUGGCUGCUGUUGGCUGUGUUGCUGGCUGUGAUUGGUGGGCUGUGCUGUUAGUGAAUGGGAGAGCUUUAAAUACACUGAGACACACAACCUUG